AUGGCUUCUGGAUACUCUUUAGAUAUUCCUCGAGAAUCUUUGGAUGGCGAUGAUGAGUCGGAUAUCGUAGCUAGCGGAGGUCCGGUAACAGACCGGGAUCGCGAUCUAUUACGAGCAGAUGACGAGGUAUUAAAAGCGUUGGCGGGCUCGAGUUCCUCGAAAUCUCGUACAACCCCUAAUAUAAAAAGCUUGUUGCCCAAGAAGAAGUUUCUGUCAUUUGCAACUCCUAAGAAAUCGUCAAGACCGUCACCUGGUGGUGACUAUGCUUCUCUCGGAGAUGGAUCAUUUAAAGAUGAAGAUGAUGGCUUUGAUAUUGAUAGUGACGAUAACGAUAAUUUACAGGGCACUGGCAGUAGCAGUAGUGGUGGUGGUCGAAAUGGAAACCCUGGUAAACCCAAGAGAUCAUUUUUUGGAGGACACAAGCUGGAUACAUUCAGAAGAGAGGGAGAUAUUUCAAAUGCAGACUCUGACUUUUCGUCUGAAGAUGAUUUCGAUAUUGAGAUUGAUGUUGAAACACAGCCUGGUAAACGUAAGAAGAGGAGGUCGAGAAACUCUCAGAUGACUGGUCGAAAACAUUUACUGGUUUUCCUGCUUAUUAUUCUUGGAUUUGGUUUAUUAUACUCUAUUCAUGGAAGCGAUGACGACGAGGAUACUCAGAAAUCUGGAGGGUCCAAGAAGCCCAAGUAUAAGAAACUGGUGAAAUCUUUACAAUCAAAUGGAACUCAUGAGUUUUAUCCAACUACUGUCGUCAUUUCUUUGGACGGGUUUCAUCCACAUUACGUCAGUGAAGAAUUAACACCUAAUUUGCAUAGUUUGUUUGUAGACCAUUCUGGAGUUCCUUAUAUGAUCCCAUCGUUUCCUUCGUCAACUUUCCCCAAUCACUGGACUCUAGUGACUGGUUUAUAUCCUGCCAACCAUGGAAUCAUAGGCAAUACCUUUUUUGACACCAAGACUGGUAAGCAGUUUUUCAACACCAAGCCAGGACAAAGUCUGCAAAGAGAAUGGUGGGGAGGUGAGCCUAUAUGGGAGACUGCUGCCUUGCAAGGUGUUUCGACAGCUGUUCAUAUGUGGCCAGGAUCCGAGGUAGAUUGGGAAGAUGUCGCCCCUGUUGCAGUAGAUAAAUUCAACAAGUCAGAGCCAUUAACAUCCAAGACUAAUAGGGUAUUCCAAUGGCUAGACAAUGGAAAUUAUGAACAGCGUCCUGAGUUAAUUUUGACCUAUGUUCCAAAUGUCGACACUGUAGGACAUCAGGUUGGUAUAUCUGGUCCUGAGAUCAGAGCGACUUUACAAGAGGUUGAUUCAUUUGUUGGAAGUAUCUUGUCUGGCAUCAAGUCACGUAAUCUUGAUAGUAUUGUUAAUGUGAUGGUACUUUCAGAUCACGGCAUGGCACCUACUUCGAAUGAUAGAAUAGUGUUUUUGGAAGAUCUCAUGGAUACCAACUCGAUUGAGCAUUUGGAUGGAUGGCCCUUGGUAGGUCUGCGUUUGAAAAAUCCUACGAGCUCUAAUAGCCAGAAAGGUGGUGGUAGUCUGGACGAUGCUGUUAACAAGAAUAUUGAUUCAAAAGAAUCAACAAAAUCAUUAGAACAGACCAUUCAAAGCACAUAUCAAUCAUUGAAGAGCAAAGAAGAUCCUUCGAAAUUCAAGGUGUUCCUUAAAGACAACAUGCCUAGGGAAUGGAAUUUUGGUGGUAUGAACUCACAGUACUCGAGUCGGAUUGCACCUCUAUGGCUUGUUCCUCAAGUCGGGUGGUCAAUAACCACUCGUAAGCAGCUCGAAGAUAUGGGUGGCAGAUACCAACCUUUUGGAGUGCAUGGCUACAAUAAUACAGAGAGUUUGAUGAGAGCACUAUUUUUGGCAACUGGACCGUAUUUCAGUCAAGAUCAAAUGUUUCAUCCCAUUCCUAAUGUUGAUGUGUACAAUAUCAUUUGCGAUACCUUGAAUCUUGUGCCAGCUCAUACCGACGGUGCCCCUGUUCGUCGAGCUCUGGAAAGUCUUCCUAGCAAGUGGGUCGACCCUCAACCUUACCCAGGAGUAGAGUUCCACACUGAAAUCCUGAAAGUCAACUCGACUUACGACAUCCUUUUUGGUGGCUCUGGUGGGUCUAACCAGUACAAAGUCAAAGAGCCAUCAAAGUCGUCUUCAGCUACCAACCCAUCCAGUACUUCUUCAACUGCUACGGGCCCUGCCUCUACGUCUUCUCUGCCAGAAAAUUCUGAGAAACCAUCUUUCUUUGGCAAGGUGACAGACUGGUGGAAUAGCAUAUCCACAGCGACUUCUGAUGCCCUGAGUAGUGCCAAGGACUGGGUUUCAUCCAAAUUUAGUAGCGCCGAUAAAGGCGAAAGCAGAUAG